AUCAUUUGGCCCACCGAAUGUAGGGACCUAUUGGAGGGAAAAGUAGCUGAAGAAUGAAGCGAGGCUGGGAGGCUGUCCAAAUUAUAUUUUCCAAACCAAAGCCAAACUUAUGAUCUAAAAUUAAUUUAAGGAACCAAAUUAAAAAAAAAAAACAAAUUUUGGGGCAUCAAUUUUCUUUUCAUUUGCGGCAUCUACUUGGAAUCAAAUGAGCCAAGAAUCCAACACUUACUAUUCUCCAUUAACAAACAAAACCAAACUCUUCUCUCUCCUUUUCAGCCUAUUUUUUUCAAGUUCACGUUGAAAAAUGAAAUAAAGACAGAAACCAACUACGACUUAAACAUUAAUUAUUCUGUAAUGUUUCAUGUGCAACUAUUAAGAGUAUGCUCUGUUUUGCUCUAUAACAGACGCCCAAAUUAAUCCAAAAAAAGAAAAAUUUUCAAAGCAGAAAAAUUUAAAACAGAACAAGAUAAGAAAAAAACGUUUGUGUUAUGUUGAUUCUUAUUGAUUUUCGACGCGUUUGAGGAUCCUUCCUUUAAUAAUGGAAGAUGAUGAAGAGGAGGAGCAUAUGAUUUUGCUGUAUCUGGAUUCUUGAAUAAUAUUAUCGAAAUUAAAUGUUUUCAGUUAUGAUGUUAAAUGAAAAGAGGGAUUUAAGGCAUCUUUUGGUGAAAUUUGGUGUGGCUGUUGCUUUCUCUUUUGCUGGAUUUCUUUAUUCUCAACUUAGAACCCGAAAGACCAAGCCAUAUUUGCCUCCCCCUCCAUCCAUGCGUGUUUCAGAUCGUUGUGGUGAGGUUGAUUCUGGAGGAAAUGAUAGGCGUCACGAUCAUGUUCAGGCCUUAAAGAUUUCAUCAACUUCUGAACCUGAAGAAAUGUCCAUGCAACGAACUAGUGUUGAUAAUGCUUCUGUUGGUCUUUCCCCAAGCAUCAGAGAUGGUGGAGAUGUGUGUCUCUUGCCAGAGUUUAAUGAUCUUGUUGAGGAAUUUGACUUUUCUGCCAGUGCUUGUCCUUCUCCUAAGCAGGAAGUAGAAACACCAAGGUUAGAUAUAGAAACUUCAAGAACAUUAAGAAGUGCUGAAAAGGAUGAUUAUGAGCAAGAGAUCAAGCACCUAAGAAAUAUGGUAAGAGUGCUUAGGGAAAGGGAGAGGAAUCACGAGGUCCAGCUGCUGGAGUAUUAUGGCCUUAAAGAACAAGAAACAGCAGUUUUGGAGCUCCAAAACCGAUUGAAGAUAAACAAUAUGGAGGCUAAGCUUUUCACUCUCAAGAUUGAGUCCUUACAGUCAGAAAACCAAAGGCUAGAGGGCCAAGUUGCUGAUCAUGCAAAAGUUGUAGCUGAGCUAGAAGCUGCAAGAUACAGAAUUAAGAUGCUUAAGAAGAAACUUUGGCAUGAGGCUGAGCAGAACAGAGAGCAGAUCCUAAACCUUCAAAAGAGGGUUGCUAGAUUGCAAGAGCAAGAACUCAAGGCUCCUGCAAAUAAGCAGGAUCUCGAAUCAAAGUUACAAAGGCUAAAGGUUUUGGAAGGCGAGGCAGAAGAAUUGAGGAAAUCUAAUAGGAGAUUGCAGAUAGAAAAUUCUGAACUGGCUCGAAAGUUGGAGUCAACCCAAAUCCUUGCAAAUUCUGUUUUAGAAGAUCCUAAGACAGAAGCAUUAAAUGAAAUGAAUAACUGUUUGAGGCAAGAAAAUGAAGACUUGACGAAGCAAAUUGAACAGCUCCAAGCUGAUAGAUGCGCUGAUGUUGAAGAACUGGUGUAUCUUAGAUGGAUAAAUGCUUGCUUGCGAUAUGAGUUGAGGAAUUAUCAACCCCGUCCUGGUAAAACAGCUGCUAGAGACCUAAGCAAAAGCCUAAGCCCGAAGUCAGAGGAGAAAGCCAAAAAACUAAUACUUGAAUAUGCACGUACUGAAGGAGUGGCGGAUAGAGGGAUGAAUAGCAUGGAUUUUGAUUGUGAUCAAUGGUCUUCCUCCCAAGCUUCCUAUGGUACUGAUACCGGGGAUGUAGAUGAUUCUUCAUUUGAGAAUUCAUCAGUUACAAAAACCACCAAAUCGGGAAAACUUAAGUUUUUCAAGAAUCUUAGGAGACUACUGCGGGGAAAAGAUAGUCAGGCUUCACCAACAAGCAAAACUGAUCACCAGGAAGACGUUGAUUCUCCAACUUGGAGUUCAGGUAGAGGGAAUGAUUCCAUAACCAUGCUACAAAGCCAUAGUGAUAGGGUCACAACUCCAUCUCAGAGUUCAACUAGAACCUCUCUGGAUGUCCCAAGAUGGAGGAGUCUGAAUGUUGAUCAUAUCAAAGACAUCGAAAAGUUUCGAAGAAAUAGCGACUGCAGUUCUUAUGGAUAUAAAAGAUUCAUAUUAGGCAGGGAUGAUGCUUCUGAAUCUCCUCUUGAACACCAACUCGAUCAAGACUCCGAGAUCCUUCGGAAAUCUGACCUGGUGAAGUUUGCAGAAGUUUUAGAAGAAUCAGGACCACGAAGUGGAAAGAUUCACAAGAAAUCAGCAAGCAUCAUAUAAUAUUGGUUGACACUAGUGUAUAUCUUGUUAUUACAUAAUCAGUCCGAAUGUAACAUAUCACUUUUACUGUUAGAAAUCAAAAUAGAAACACCUGAAAGUGCAUUUAACACUAAAUAACC